CAUUCCAGUUAUGUUUUGUUUCGGGUUUGACGAUCGCAUGAAAAUAUUUCAUUUGAUUUCUUUCAUUUUUAAAAUUUUUGACUUUUUUUUUGAUUUUUAACACGGAGGCAAUUAUGAAAAUCAGCUUGAGUAAUUGUGAAAAAAACAUACUAUUUUAGAUUGGGAAUGGGGCCGAAUUUCGGCCCCAAAUACAGCCCAGCGAGAGCCCUGAAGCUAGACUUUAUUUGCUUGUUUCUUUAUAUUGUUUCAAGCAAUACAUAAUGGCUCAAAAGAAUUUGUCAUUCUGUUUAACUAUAAUGAUAUGUUUACUCCUUAGUUUACCUACAAAAUGUCAAGAAAGCAUGCAGGGGACAUAAAUUCCAUGAAUUUGCUUGUUUGGGCUCCAUUUAAACAUGCACACUACCCAGUCCUUUAAUGACCUUAUUUAUUUAAUGGGAUAUGAAUCAAUACCAAAGUCAAUGCUCUCUGUGGAUAUUCCAAGAAGUUGUUAAGUCAGUCUUCUAGAGCAUCAUGUAGGUUCACCUCAUCUUCAUUACAUAUCUGUAUCUUUGUAUGUUGUCUAGGUCAUUAGAGGAAUCUUCCAGAACAUAUGCUGUCUGGUUGGAAACUUCCAUAAAACACUGUUUUGUAUAUGUUUUGUCAUUACAGAUAUUAAUAUUGAUGACUAUGUGCCUGAAGUUGAGGACUCCAGUGGAAACAAGGGAGAUUCACCAGUAAAUAAUACACAGAAUGGACCUUGUCGUCUUGAUUCCCAAGUCAUUUAUGUCCGGGAUCCACAGCUAGAGAGAAACCAACUGCAAGGGCAGAACACUCAGCAAGGUCGUUAUGCAGAGGUACAGCCAAAAACACCUACUGAGGGACAAGUUACAGCAGUAAUAGAAACCAAGGAAGUCGACAGUAUGAUUAAACGGUACGUCAGGACAAGAGAGUACGGUUUUACAGAAGAUGUUACAGCUGUCCUCACCCAGUACCUCAUGGAUAAUGAGCUUGAGCUUCCAAGUGAAGAGGACUUUAAGUUGAAGUGGCAAACCAUGAGAGGUAGUAAAGGAAUAGUGCAACUACAAAAGGAUAAGGAAACAGAGAAACGUAAAAGGAUGGUAGUGGAGGAGGAUUUAUCAAAAGAGGAACGUAAAAGGAUGGUAGUGGAGGAGGAGUUAUCAAAAGAGGAACGUAAAAGGAUGAAACUGGAAGAUGAAUUAGAGACAGAGAAAAAUGAAAAGGAAACAGAGAAACGUAAAAGGAUGGGAGUGGAAAAGGAUUUAUCAACAGAGAGACGUAAAAGGAUGAAACUGGAGGAUGAAAAGAUAGAACUGGAGAAAAUUAUUAACGAAUAUAUGCCGAGGUCACAGUAAUGAGGGUAUUUGAAUGAUCCUGCAUUGUAUCUUAAGUUUUCCAUUAGCUGGUUAUAAUAACCAAUUAGUUUAUAAUAACAGAUUGCCCAUCUGUCAACUGUUUCUGUAAAAGGUGUUUAGUUUAAAUACUUUAGUUUUUGACCAAACUUUGUUUGCACCAGGUUUAGUCGAUCAGUGCUUAUUUUUGUGACCUACAGGUAUAACAUUGGCGUCACCAACAGCGUCCACAUAGAUGUUUCUGUGCAAUAACUCGAGGUCCAUUUGGCCUAUCAGACUCAAAUUUCAUGAUCUUCCUUAUCACAAGUGUUUGCUUGGGAGAAUUUUUCAGGUCCGAAGGUCAAUAGUCACUGUUACUAAAAAUAGAAAAUUUGUUUCUCUGCGAUAACUCGUGCAAUGGCUGUCAUGGCUGCUGUCUUGAAAAACACAUUUCAAAAUUUCUCCAAAUCCACAUGUUGGAUUUAGUUGAAUCUUGUCAGAAAUGAUCCUGAGAUGGUUCUAAUCAAAUUAUUUUUCAAACUGGUGCAAAUUCCCACAUUGAUUCCCCGUUGGUGUCUAUAUAACUUUACAGUUUUAUACCGCACUAGUACUGGUGUCUUUAAAGUCUGAUGACCAAUAAGGCCUGUGGGCCACUUGAAUAUACAACUUUCUCCAAAGAAUUACAAUUAGCUUGACAAGUCAGUGGCAGUAUAAAUAUUUUUAUGUACAUUUGAGUGAUUCUUGAAUCCUGUAUAAUAGUGAACAGAGCAGAAUAGAUUUGAAUUUCUAUUAUUGGGUAGCUCUACAACAAGACCCGAUUAUUAAAGGAUCAUGGAGCUCCGUUACUAUCAGAUUGAUUUAUCUAAACAAGUGUAAAAGUUCAAGGAGCAGUAGUGUGCAGCCAGCCGGGAUCGAACCCGAGACCCUCGGCUUACUGGUCUGCCACUCUACCGACUGAGCCAAAGGGAAAUUCCCCCUAGCCCGAAACUAGAAGGCGACCAUACAACUAAGUACAGUAUUUACAAUUAAAACCCGAUCUGCUACACAAAGAUAUAGUAACUAGUAACCAGUUAUAUGUAUGUCUUGAUCAACACUUAAUGUUAAUGUCACUGUGAAUGAUUGGUUGUAAAUCUCAAUAAUUAUGAUGUAUUUCUCAAUGGAGAGAAUCUUCUGAAAGAUUGCCCUUGACUAUAUGUGAAGUAAGUUGUACCUUCUUAAUGCUGUUUUGUUUGAAUACAAUGGACUUUCCCUGUGGAAAUCCUUUUGGAAUAGCAUUCUAUUAAAUAACAAUUGGUUUCUUCAAAGACCUGUGAUUCUUGAUGUUAUCUGGGUAUACACUUCACUUUCGCUCUAACUUCACUCAGUGAAUGUCAUUGCAAAAUAUAAGGUACGCUACUAGCUAGUCUUGACUGGUGUCAAAAAACAACCUGACCAAUCACUGAGCUGAUGAAUUAUAUAAUGAUCACAGAGAAGCAGUAACCAAGAUAGAAAAAAGUCAGCCAAUUUUAGCAGUAUGCCGACCCCAAAAUUUGUUGAUGUUCAUCAAAGUAUCUGACAAGUCUUUCAGUUUGAUUUACAAGGUGAUGGUAACUGAGGCUGACAUCUAUGUAUUCUAGGUAUAGUGAAUAAUAACCCAUCAGUAUUAAGGUUUUUCUGUUGUGUUGAUUGUGUGCACAAUUGUUUUAGGGACUAACUGUGAUAUUAUGACAUUUUUAUUAUUUUUUAUUAAUCCAAUUCCAGUAUACAGUUAUUAGAUGUUUUAUGUUACAUAUUUUAUGAUAUAUCCAUAUGGUAAAGGACUUUGCUUUUUUAUCAAUUACCUGUCCAAAAGUUAAUCAACCUAGUGCGGAGGAAGGUAAGAAAAACCUCUAAGUGCUGUCAAAAGGUAAUCUCUGGUAGAUUGGAGAUCUGUCUUGUUUUGGUUAUGAUAUUAAAGUUCUAUCAUUUUGUUAAUUAAAUGACUUAUUACAAUCAUUAUGUGCUGUCAUCAGCUCGGUGUUUUUGAUAAAUGAUAACAAAUAUUGAUCUUAUUUUGAAAAAGAAUGAUGGAUCAUGAUAUGGCAGCUAGAAUAUGUAACUCAAGUGUUGUAAGUGUUGAUAUGUUAUUGAGAGUACCUGGUAUGUGAGAAUGUGUUGUAAGUGUUGAUAUGUUAUUGAGAGUACCUGAUAUGUGAGAAUGUUUUGUUAGUGUUGAUAUAUUAUUGAGAGUACCUGAUAUGUGAGAAUGUGUUGUAAGUGUUGAUAUGUUAUUGAGAGUACCUGGUAUGUGAGAAUGUGUUGUAAGUGUUGAUAUAUUAUUGAGAGUACCUGAUAUGUGAGAAUGUGUUGUUAGUGUUGAUAUGUUAUUGAGAGUACCUGGUUUGUGAGAAUGUGUUGUAAGUGUUGAUAUGUUAUUGAGAGUACCUGGUGUGUGGGAAUGUGUUGUAAGUGUUGAUAUGUUAUUGAGAGUACCUGGUAUGUGAGAAUGUGUUGUAAGUGUUGAUAUGUUAUUGAUAGUACCUGGUGUGUGGGAAUGUGUUGUUAGUGUUGAUAUGUUAUUGGGAGUACCUGAUAUGUGAGAAUGUGUUGUAAGUGUUGAUAUAUUAUUGAGAGUACCUGAUAUGUGAGAAUGUGUUGUAAGUGUUGAUAUGUUAUUGAGAGUACCUGGUAUGUGAGAAUGUGUUGUAAGUGUUGAUAUGUUAUUGAGAGUACCUGGUAUGUGAGAAUGUGUUGUAAGUGUUGAUAUAUUAUUGAGAGUACCUGAUAUGUGAGAAUGUGUUGUUAGUGUUGAUAUGUUAUUGAGAGUACCUGGUUUGUGAGAAUGUGUUGUAAGUGUUGAUAUGUUAUUGAGAGUACCUGGUGUGUGGGAAUGUGUUGUAAGUGUUGAUAUGUUAUUGAGAGUACCUGGUAUGUGAGAAUGUGUUGUAAGUGUUGAUAUGUUAUUGAUAGUACCUGGUGUGUGGGAAUGUGUUGUUAGUGUUGAUAUGUUAUUGGGAGUACCUGAUAUGUGAGAAUGUGUUGUAAGUGUUGAUAUGUUAUUGAGAGUACCUGAUAUGUGAGAAUGUGUUGUAAGUGUUGAUAUAUUAUUGAGAGUACCUGGUAUGUGAGAAUGUGUUGUAAGUGUUGAUAUGUUAUUGAGAGUACCUGAUAUGUGAGAAUGUGUUGUAAGUGUUGAUAUAUUAUUGAGAGUACCUGGUAUGUGAGAAUGUGUUGUUAGUGUUGAUAUAUUAUUGAGAGUACCUGGUGUGUGGGAAUGUGUUGUAAGUGUUGAUAUGUUAUUGGGAGUACCGGGUGUGUGAGAAUGUGUUGUAAGUGUUGAUAUGUUAUUGAGAGUACCUGGUAUGUGAGAAUGUGUUGUUAGUGUUGAUAUGUUAUUGGGAGUACCUGGUGUGUGAGAAUGUGUUGUAACUGUUGAUAUGUUAUUGAGAGUACCGGGUGUGUGAGAAUGUGUUGUAAGUGUUGAUAUGUUAUUGAGAGUACCUGGUGUGUGAGAAUGUGUUGUAACUGUUGAUAUGUUAUUGAGAGUACCGGGUGUGUGAGAAUGUGUUGUAAGUGUUGAUAUGUUAUUGAGAGUACCUGGUAUGUGAGAAUGUGUUGUAAGUGUUGAUAUGUUAUUGAGAGUACCUGGUGUGUGAGAAUGUGUUGUAACUGUUGAUAUGUUAUUGAGAGUACCGGGUGUGUGAGAAUGUGUUGUAAGUGUUGAUAUGUUAUUGAGAGUACCGGGUGUGUAUGCUGUAAAUAUUUGUUAUGAGCUUAAUGGUAACAUCAUAAUUAUAACCAAUCAUUAUCCUGUAUAAAGGUCAUGACCUCAGAGAAGAGUGAGAGCUUAUGUCGUCACUCCGGCGUCGGCGUUGGUGUGUCAAAUGUUAAGUUUUUGGUGCAAGUAUUGAAAGGCAUAAUAAUUUAUGGUAAUAUGGUCCCUGAGUGGGUUAAACCAUCCCCUGCAAGAGUUAAACUAACAGAUUU